CUAGCAUAUAAAAUGUCGACAAAACCCUAGCUCUCCUUCUCUCCUCCGUCACUGCCUCUCGAGCUAACACCAACCUAAAGUUAUUUAGCAGAGGCUUUGAGUUUUUGGGAGAAAAAUGGUGAGAAUCAGUGUGCUCAACGAUGCUCUCAAGAGCAUGUUCAAUGCCGAGAAGCGUGGCAAGAGGCAGGUCAUGAUCAGGCCUUCUUCCAAAGUCAUCAUCAAGUUCCUUAUCGUCAUGCAGAAGCACGGUUACAUCGGUGAGUUUGAGUAUGUUGAUGACCACCGAUCCGGCAAAAUCGUUGUCGAAUUGAACGGGAGGUUGAACAAGUGUGGCGUUAUCAGCCCACGUUUUGAUGUUGGUGUCAAGGAGAUUGAAGGUUGGACUGCCCGUCUGCUUCCUUCCAGACAGUUUGGGUACAUUGUGCUGACUACAUCCGCUGGCAUUAUGGACCAUGAAGAAGCGAGGAGAAAGAAUGUUGGAGGCAAGGUUCUCGGCUUCUUCUAUUGAAAAGCUUUAUGGGGAAAGAGACUUCUUCAUUCUGUUUUUUUUUUUUUUUUAAACUUUUGUCAUCCAUUUUCUUCGAGACUUCCUUCUCCCUUUUUGUUUCGAAUUUCGUGGUAACUAUGUUGGAUAGUUCUUAAACUACAUUUUUCUUUUGGUCUCAAGUUCUUGAGAGAUUCAUUCA